AUGCAGAUGGACGCCUUAGCGAAUCCAGGACCACUUAAGGACAUUGUUCUUUAUGAUCAAGAGAAACAUGUCUCCUCUGCUGUUUGGGAUGGCCAGGAGCGAGGUGCGUUGAGGUGUCAUGAGCACACUUCAAAGCUGAGUGAGUGGAAGCUUAAUUCAAAGCAGAUAGAAUUGGUGGAGAGAGCCGGUUUUGGGUAUUUGAGACGUAUCCCUGCCAUUAGUCUUGACAAUCCUCUUAUCUCUGCGUUGGUCGAGCGCUGGAGGAGAGAGACCAACACUUUCCAUUUCACUGUUGGGGAAAUGACUGUGACUCUUGAAGACAUUGCCAUGUUACUCGGACUGGGGAUUGAUGGUAAACCUGUGAUUGGAGUAACGUAUACUACUUGUUCUUCUGUAUGUGAGAGGUACUUAGGGUUGGCCCCAGAUUCUAAUUACGCUAGUGGUGGGAUGGUGAAGCUUAGCUGGUUGAAAGAAUUUUUCUCUUGCUGUCCUGAUGAUGCAUCUUUUGAAGAAGUUGAGCGCUGCACACGGGCUUACCUCUUGUACUUAGUUGGGAGUACCAUCUUCUCUACAACCACUGGAAACAAGGUGCCUGUUAUGUAUCUUCCGCUCUUUGAGGAUUUUGAUGAUGCUGGAACAUUUGCAUGGGGUGCAGCUGCUUUGUCUUUCCUCUAUAGGGCACUUGGGAAUGCUUCUGUUAAAUCCCAAAGCACGAUAUGUGGUUGCUUGACGCUAUUACAGUGUUGGAGUUACUAUCACUUAAACAUUGGCAGGCCAAAGCUGAAUCGUGAGCCAGUCCAUGAUCAUUUCCCAUUUGUGCUUAGGUGGAAGGGGAAGCAAAAUGGUCCAACAGCAAACCGGGAUGUGGUCUUUUACCGGAAAGCGCUAGACGUCUUGAAGCCAUGUGAUGUGGAGUGGCUGCCAUAUGAAAAUAUGGAUGGUAGAUACAUACCUGAUCAUAUCAGAAACACUUUGCAGUUGGGUAGAUCAAAAACAAUGCUGAUAUCUUUUGAUAAGGCGGAGAGACACCUGCCUGAUCGCUGUCUCAAACAAUUUGGCUUGUUUCAAGGCAUCCCAGAAGAUGUGCAAAGGUGGGUAAGAAAGUCUCGGGGAGUUGAUGGAGGGGUUGACCUGUCGGUUAAAAUGGAAGCAGAGCUAAGCGAAUGGGAAAUGCGGUGGGAAAACACUGUGCCUGAUGAUGUUCUAGGUGUAGAUGAAGCAGACUACAUGAGGUGGUACAUGGGAAUUACCCGCAAAAUCGUGGGAAGGCCCAUCUCUCUUUCAAGCGAGUUUCAAAGAACGAUUUCAAAUGUGAGGGAUAUAUUGGAGUUGGCUGAGAAUUUUUCAACACAUGAUUUGGACCUUGAAAGAAACAACAUGCUUUCACGGAUUAUCAGCCUUGCGCAAGACUGCCUGAGAGAUCAAGUUGGAGUAACGGUUAUUGCAACAGAAAGCCAGCAGCAGAUAGAACUUGGGAAGAGGAUGCGCGGUAAAGAAAGGGUGAGAAGGAAGGGUAUGGGAAAGAGAAGGAAAGGUAUUGAUCCAAUGGAAGACUAUGGAGGUAGUGAUGAUGAAUCCCAGUUUGGACCUGUGGUUGAGGUUGAUCAGUUGCAUUUACCACUUAGCCAUGCAAAUUCGGUGUACGAUGGAACACAUAUGUACGAUGCUGUCACCAAAGUUGAUGACAUGGAGCUCUGCGAAAACAUCCCUCAAUUGCCCGAUGCUCAAGACAUGAACAAGAUUGAGCAGGCAUUGCUAGAUGAUACAAACAAGUCUGUUGAGGACAGUAAGCUACAUGAAGAGAUUUGUAACACUGAGAGCGUUGCGGAACUGUCUGAGGGAUAUGAUGUGAAGAAAGAGGAUAAAGAAUCAAAGCUUGAAAAUGAUGAUGCAGAAAAGGGAAUUAGUGAUUUGAGCGGUGAAGAACACGAAAAUAGAGAGGAAGAUGAUGGAACGGACAUGGGAGAAAGCGUUGCAGAGCCAUCUUCUCUUGAAAGAAGAGGAGAGAACACUUUGGUGGCUUGA